CGCCCUUCCCGUCUGUCUUGCUGCGAGGACCAUGGCCAGCCAGGCGGAGCGCAUCGACGCGGCCAAACGCGAGAUCCGUCUGCUUCUGUCCGCCAUCAACAUCGACUACUUCGAGAGUGAGAGCUUCGACCCGCAGAGCUUCAUCCGGACCUUCACCAAGCCCCUGGUUGACGUGCUGGAGUUUGCGCAGAAGCCUGCACCCACUGGCGCUGGCUUCGCACAUGACGCCCAGCCGCACCAAGAUACGCCCCCCGACUUCCCGCACAGUGACUUCCUCGAGAUUUGCGAGUAUGCUCUGCGACAGCUGAAUGCCGUGCUGGACCAUGCAUCCGAGGACUCCUUCCAUGCCACGCGCGACCGGAACAUCGCGCACAACACCUACAAAGAUGCGGUCAACUAUUUGGGUCUCUACUUCCAGAAAGCAUUUGGCCAUUUGUCGGAUCUGCAGUCAUCCUUCGAUGAGAUGACCCGAACUGCCAUCUAUACUGGCCAGCAGCUGGAGGUGCUGGAGAAUGAGCGUGCUCGUGCCGACGAACUGUUGGUCCUCCUGCGCCACUACGACGACUUCAAUCGCCUGGCUACUGAGCAUCGGCUGAAAAUGUCCCAGCAUGGUGCUGCCCCCGGGGCCGGCAUCUCCGUCUCGCCCUUUUCCCAAUUUCCCACCACCUUCUCGAACCCGGAGUUGCUCGACGAGGCCAUUCGCAUCAUCCCCCUGCUGCUGGACCUGGCACGACAGGUGGCCGCCGCCGGGGGGGGAGGCCCGGCCUCCGGCGAUCGCCUGCACUCGCCCCUGGGCAUUGGGGCCGGCGAUGCGCAGCAGCCACAGCCAGCCGCCAAGGCCGCCACCAAGAAGUCCCCGGCCACGGCGCCGUCUGCGGCGUCCUCCACCACCCCGGCUCCGGGCUCGCCGCUGGCCUUCUGCCCGUACUCAACGCUGGCCCAUGUGGAGGAUGCCUACCGGCGCAUUGUCAACCGCGGUCUACAGCAUUUGUCCCUGGCCCAGAAGAAGCACGACAUCUUUUCGAUGCGCUUGUGGGUGAUCAAGCUGACUCGCGCCGGGGCUGGCCACUGUGCGCGGUCGCUCUAUAUCCGCGGGCAGGCCGUAUGCACUCGGCGUGGCCUGGGCCCGCUCAACCUGGCCUCCGAUGUGGAUCCCUUCCGCGCAUCGAGCCUGGCCGACCCAUCGGGCUUUAGCACCUGGGCCCCGCAGCUGCCCAGCAUGGCCACCGUCGAGUCGUUGGAGGAUUUGACUCAGUCACUGAAGGAGUCUUGCGAGGAAGAAUGUCGGCGCAUUCGCCUGGUUUUCGGCGAGGAAGCCCCCUCGGUCAUCUGGGACAUGGUCACCUUCCUGACGCAGCAUCUGAUCGCUCCCCUGGCCAAGACCCUCCUUGACAGCCUGUAUCGGGACGUCGCGCCAGCGAAGGCCGAUGCCCCGGCCGCAUCGGCGGGCGCGCCACCGGCCACCGGCGACCCGGCAGCGGCCAACCCCCGGGUGGCGGCCGAUGCCUUGACCAUGUACCUGCAUUCGCUGGAUGCCGUUCAUGACAUCAUUCGCUCGUGGCUGGCGCUGGCGGUGUCCUGCCGGGGGUCGGUCCGGUCGUCGCUUGCCGGGGCCGGCAUCGCCGGGCCCGGGGCCGCCGGGACCGCAGUCGGGCUGCUCUCUGACAAGGAGACGCCCGAGGACUUUGCGGAGGCGGCGGCCGCUUCGGCCACAUCGCUGGCACUGGCCGCGGAUUUGGAAGAUUCCCACCGCCUCCUUCGGGCCACGCUGGCCGAGCAUCUGAAUGAAGAGCGCUACUGCAAGAUCGAGACCCGGGCACUGAAGGCCUCCUUCGACCGGGCUCUCCUCGGCUUUAACACCUAUCGACAGACCAGACGCCGGGCCAUCGAGCAAGCGGCCAGCCAGCAGCGCUCCUUCGGGCUGUCGCUUUUCGGCGAUUCGAACAAUUCCCCGGAAUCGGACCCGGAGUUCCUCGUCAUCCGGCGCCUCGGUGGUGUGGGCCAGUAUUGGAGUGAUUUGACGUGUGCCGAAAUCACCCAGUCGGCCACGGAGUCCUUCCGGCGCAUGUCACGUCUGCUGCCCCGUCAGGCCGCCCCCGAUCGCAUCUCCAAUCUCUACACCAACUCGCUGCUCUUCACUCUGGAGAACCGGUAUCUCGUGCCGGCCAUGGAAUUCCUCCUGCAUGAUGUUCCGGUGUCCUUGGUGCAUGAUGGCCCGAACAAGGCCACCACCCCGGCUGAGCCCAUUUUCUCGGUGUCCCUCACGCCGCUGGGCAUCCUGACCUCCUUGCAGAUGGCCUUCACCAUUGCCGACACCAUCCAACAGCACUUCCGCUCGGGUGUCGUGGCACAUACGCUGCAGAUGACGACCAACCCGGCGACCGGCAUCGCCGGCGGGCCUGCCCCGGCGGCCAGCUCGACCAGCUCGACCAGCAACAAAGCCGACAUGGCCGCCUCGUCCAGUGCCUAUCGCAGCUGCCUGGUGGCCCGGAAUUCGCUGCUCAGCAACCACGAAAGUCGCAUCAACGUCGUGGUCGAUCGGUUCAUCGAGUCCACAACACGACAGCUGGCCCUGCUCCUCUCGCGCCAGGAGCGCUCCGAUUACCGAAUCCAGCAUGACAAGAAGGAGCAAGCGUCCCUUCGCUCGGAUGACACCUCGGCUGCCGUUCGUGGGGUGAUCACAUACAUCUCUCGGAUUCAGGAGGCCCUGUCAAAGUCUCUGGACGGGAUCAACCGGUCAACCCUGGCGCAAGAGCUCGGCCUGCGCUACCAUGCCACACUUGUGACACAUCUCUUCGGCUCGGACUAUGUCCUGCUGGCAAACGCCGCGGCGGCCGGCGGGUCAGGCUCCUCGGCCGGUGGCAGUGCAUCAUACCUUCCCCCGGCAUCGGGGACAGGCAAACCGGCCAAAAUUGAGGCAGCGCUGCAGGGAGUCACCGGUAUUGGUGGCAUGGCCCUGUCCCGGGAUCUCGGUACUUACCGCGCCUGCCUGAGUCGUUUCGGGUCGGCGGUCGUGGACAAACAGAUGGGCGAACUGGUUGAUCUGUCGGCCCUCUUCGUUGUUGGGCCGGAGCAGCUGGCGGAUGUUGUCCGGCGAGUGAUGAGCUCCGGUGUGGCCGAUCGCCACCGGGUGCAGAAACUUCUCUUCCUACGAGCCGACUCGGCGCCCGGGUCGUCUGUCGAGUCGGUGCGUGCCGCGCAGCUUGUGUCCGCCGCUGCCGGACAGGCACUCUGAGAAUGACGCUGCCCACCCACACCAGCACAGGGGGGCAAUAAACCAUGUCUGCCAGAUGUGUCACACAUUUUGGCGCGCCCGACA